AUGUCUCUAUCGAUCAAUGCCAAACAAUGGGUGCUGAAAACACGCACCGAGCCAGGCCAUCCUUUCAAUAUGGAUUCUUCAAGCCCUGAAGCUUCUUUCGAGCUUAAAGAGCUAACAUUGAAAGAAAAUUCCCUUCAGGAUGGUGACAUCCUAAUUGAGACUAUUUACCUGUCUAACGAUCCAGCUCAGAAAUUCUGGAUCAUUUCGGCUGAUAAAAAUUAUGCUGCUGGUGUCGCUCCAGGUGAGCCAAUCCCAGCUAGAGGACUAGGAAAAGUGCUUGCUUCCAAUAAUGACAAGUUUCCAGUAGGUGCCCUAAUAUCUGCUCAAACGAACUGGUCUACACAUACUAUUAUUCGUAAAGAACAGUUAGGUGUUGCUCGUGUUCUACCCAUGGAAGGUGUAGAACAUCUAUGGUGGUAUCUUUCGGUUCUUGGGGGUACAGCUGUAACUGCCUAUUUUAUCUUUUAUAGAUAUGCGGAUUUACAAGAUUGUGAACCAGAUUCCCAUGGUAAAACAUUUUUGAUCUCGGGUGCAGCAGGUGCAGUUGGCUCAAUGUGUGUGCAGAUUGCAGCUAACGUAUUUAAGGCAAAGAAGAUCAUUGCCAUUGCUGGUGGACCUCAAAAGGUUAAAUUUGUUGAAUCCUUAGCUCCAUCAGUUGUUGUUGGCGUAGACUAUAAGGAUCCAAAAUUCAGUGAAAAUUUAUUGAAGGCAGCUGGUGGAGAAAAUACAGUUGAUUAUUUCAUCGAUAACGUCGGUGGGAAAAUCCUUGAUUUAGGGUGUAGUCUAAUGAAACCCCAAUCUACUAUUAUAGCUUGUGGGUCAAUUAGUGGGUAUAACGAUCCUUCUCAAUUAGUUUUUAAAAACUAUGUUAGUGUCAUUACCAAAAGACUAACCAUAAAGGGUCUCCUAUUAAUGGAUAAUUACGAAAAAUUCCCAGAAGCUUAUGCCCAUUUAACACAAUGGAUUAAAGAUGGUAAAAUCGACAAGGAUACCUCCGCAACCAUUGUAGAUGCUACUAGUGAUAAGUUUAAUAAUGUUCCAGCUAUAUGGGAUGGACUUUUCCACGGUAAGAAUACAGGUAAGUUGAUUACUAAAGUUAAUGAAGAAUGA